AUGAUCCACUUCACAGCACAGCUCCUUGACCGUGAUCGCGUCCCUCUGCUUCUCCACCGUGUUCGCGCCACAGCAGGACGGCACACCGAUACGGCAGAAGCACGACGACGUGACGUCGACGUCGGCAUCGGCGAGCGCGGCCGCCAGCUGUGUUUCGAGCCGCGCGGCCUCGCUGUGGCGGCCCAGACGCUGCAGGCACUCGUGGUAGCCGUGCAGCGCCCACACAUUGUUGGGGUGCUGGUGCACGCGGCCCGGCGUGGGCGCCAGGCCCAGGUCCUGCGCGUACGCGUGCGCCGCCUCCUCGACAAACCCCUGCUCGAGCGACAGCGCCGCGAACGCGUGCCGCGCCGGCAGCAUCCAGCCCCAGGGCUCCGCAAACGGCAGCGCGUCCUCGAGCGCCACGGCAUCGCGCAGCCGGCCAAAGGCCACCGGGUAGUCGGCGCGCCGGUACGCAAUCUCGCCGUCCAGCAUGGCCGUGGCAAUGUGCAGGAUGUCUGUGAUCUUGUUGGGGAAGUCGAGCCGUGUGGGCGGCACGUACGCCGCGGCCGCGCGGAACCGCGCGCGCGCCGCCUCGGCCUCGGCCACCCGGCCGGUCGCCGCAUAGGCAAUGGCGUGGCCGUAGUGCCGGAACACGUUGGUCACGCAGUACAGGUCCCUGUCGGCCUUGGGCUCGAGCCGCAGCACCUCGUCCCACCGCCCGAAGCGGAUCAGCACGUGCACGCGCACCGCCAGGAAAAACUCCAUCCAGUCGGCCAGCGCGGGCGCCUCGACGCGCAGCAUCGCUUCGGUGAUUGUCGCCUCCAUGCGGUCCGUCGUCUCGAGCGCCGCCUGCGACAUGCCGCCCAGCAUCGCCGCGUAAAUCAGCGAGUGGUAGUCGUGCAGCCGGUAGUAGCUGUAAAACGUGCGCCCGCCGUUGCCCGCCGCCGCAAAGUACUUGUCGUCGGCCACCGUCGCCCGGUGGUUGUACUCCACCGCGCGCCGGUAGUCGCCCACCAGCACGUCAAUGUGCGCCGGCAUGUGGUACGUGUGGCCCGUGUCCGGCACCAGAUCACGGAUCAUGUCCGCUGCCGGCAGCGCCGCGGCCGGGGUCGCCGACAUUUCCAUCAAGUGGAUGUAGUAGUGCGCCACGCCCGGGUGCGUCUCGACGCCCGGGCGCGCCAGGGCUCGCUCGAGGAGCGCGCGCACCUCGGCGACCGGCGAACUGGCAAUCGGUCCGCCCGUCGCCGUGUCAAAGAGUUUCCGCGGCGCCACGUUCAUCAGCGCGUCGGCAAAGAGCGUGACCAUGUCGAAGUUGGUGUCGUCGCGACCGAACUGGGCGUACACAGUGCGCAUGGCGUCUGCAUAGGCGCGGUCGCACACGGCCGUGUCGCGUGCCGCCUGUGUAUAUGUGAAUGUGUCGUGGACGGCCUGUCGCCGGUCGGCGUCGUUGAACAGGCGCCAGGUGCGGUUGUAGUUGGGGCCCGAGCAGAAGGCGAGGCCCCAGUAGGCCAUGGCGCAGGCAUCGUCGUGUGCGAGCACCUGUCGGUAGCACGCAAUGGCCUCGUCGUGGUUGAAGCAGUAGGUCCAGACGAGGGCGCGGCCGAACCAAAUCUGGGCUUCCGGCGACGUCGUGGUCACAUGCGGUGCGGCGGCCGACGACCGGCCCAAGUCGUAGUAGGGUUCGGCGGUGGCGCGGGGCUUGACUUCGGACGACGCUGCGGCGGCCCCAGACGACGUGUCGGAGAGAAACCGCUUGCCGUCCUUGCCAAUGUUGCCCUUGACGCGCGCCUUGACCCACUCGCCCGCGGUGAUGCCGACGGCCGCCUCGUCGUCGUUGGCGUCGUAGCCCAGCCGCGCCAGCACGGCGCUCUGCACGGGCCGCAGCUCGAGCGCGUCCUCGGGGCGCAGAAAGUAGAGCACGCCGAGGCGGUCAAUGUGCGCCUGGUCGGGCGGCGGGGCGACGACGCGGUGGAUGCUGCUCUUCAGGAAGCCGUUGGUCAAAAACUGCAGCGCGUCGGCCACGUUGACCGUGAUGCUGCCGUCGAGCGGCUUGACCCAGCGCCAGCCGCCGUCGGCGCCGCGCACCUGCAGGGCGGCGACGGGCUGGCGGAACAGGAGCGUGAGGCUCCCAAAGUCGGUGUGGCCCUUGACCCAGACGUUGUCGAGCUUGGCGUUGUCGGCGGCGCUGCGGUGGUGGUACUUCAUGUAGCGCAGGUGGCAGUCGGACAGCUCGUCGUAGCGGUGGUGGGCGGUCAGGGCGUCCUCGGGCAGCUCGAGGACCAGGGCAAAGAGCACGAGCAGCUUGCCGACGAUGUGGUCGUGGAUGUGGCGGGCAAAGUGCUCAAUCUCGGGCCGGUUGGCCGUGAUCACGGCCGGAUGGGGCCGCUCGGCGUGGGCGGGGAUGAACUUGGGGAUGUUGUAGAUUUCCGUGUUGUCGGUGAUGCCGGGCGUCACCUCGCGCAGGCCCAGCGGCUUGUAGCCGUUGUAGCCGCCGUGCUCGAGGUCGGCGCGCUCAAACACAGACUUGCCAAUGGCAAACUGGCGGUCGACCUCCUCCUGGCUCAGGCCAAAGUUGACAAUGUAGAAGAAGCCGACGGACUGGAUGGCGGCCUCGAGCUGCUUGGCCAGGGCCUCUUUGCCGCCGGGCUGGUCGAACGUCGACAGGUCGAGCGUGGCAAGUUGGGCCCAUUCGACUGGGGGGAGGCGCGGGAACGGUCAGUUUGCAUCGACAGAAUGGCAAUCGCUACCAAAGGGGUGAAGGGCGCCUAG